UGUUUCCCGCGCUUUCGCCGAUUCUGGUUUGCGUACGCGACAACUAUCUGACUUGGACAAGGCCAUCGUUCUUUUGAUCUGGAAUCUAAAAGACACGCUACGGUCAUUGUCGCUCGAUAUCAAUUUGUUUGAUUAUAAUCAUCUUGAUCCGAUCGGUCUGAUACUUUCCCAAGCCCUCUACCGCAGUGACUCACACAGUUCUGCAGCCUCUUCGGCGUUUGCCCGUUUGGAACAUGUCGAGUUCUAUAGUGGGGAACUCACUUCAAUAUUCGAUCCUUUGUCAAGUUGGCAAAACAAAAGGCAUCAGAUAUUGCCACGCAUCGCCUUCCUCAAGGUGUUCGAGUUGCCGUCUGUGAAAUCGCUGGGUUUUCACUUCUUCUCGGAACUUCCUGGGCCGCCUGGUAAAGUAGACGUUCAAUGGCGUGGAGAUGACCUCAGCAAGAUAUGCCCCCGUGAUGAAGACACCCUAGGCUCCGAGAAAAAAUGCUCUUGUAAGGAGUACUUCCGUCAUCAUCUGAUGCGCUUUCACCAACCAUACGUCUGCGAUCUCACCACCUUGCACCUGAAGAAAUGUAUUGCCCGCCCUCGCACUCUAGGCCGGCUCAUCGAGCACCUUCCGCGUCUUACCACGCUGGAGUACGAUUAUAUCUGUACCUUUUCGGAAGCUCCGCUAGAUUGCGAUCGUUUGCGCAGCGCUCUCCUUCCACUCCGCCACACACUCAAACACCUGGCUGUUAGAUUUCGCCUGUAUGAUUUCUACGGAUAUGAACCUGGGGAUCCUUUAUGUAAGGGCAGCUUGGGCCCUUUACGCGCAUUUGACGCCCUAAUCUCUCUCGAUACGCCCCUCGCCAUUCUCUACGGUCACGCAGAGAAAGUUAAUGAUCCACCCCUCACGGAGAUGCUGCCCCCGUGUCUUCAAAAACUCACUAUUCUAGACGAAAUAUGGGGGGACAAUGAGUUCAUAUGGGAUGAAUUGCAAUUUUAUCGAGUACUACGGGCAUUUUUUACGGGGGAGAAAGUAAUGGAAUGUUACAGCCCUGAUGGGGAAAGGUUUUCUCCGCCAAGUUAUCUUCUGGAGGAAGGCGGGGAGCCAGGUUGGAAGGAAGCUACCCCACAGCUCAGCGAGUUUGUGUUGGACAAAGAUUGGGCAGCCUACAGUGAAUCUGUUUUCUUGAGUGCUGUCGAACAGGAGGCUGGUAGACCAUUGAAGCUGGAUGUGGAGAGACAAGGUAUUCGAUAUAGCUGCUUGUAUCACCAUCGUGAUCCUUGA